GCAACGAAGGCUCCCUCCUUUUACAGCGCCUGUCUCUUCUCUCCUUCUAUGACCCAAUCCCCAACUCGACCCCCGUUUCUUUCCAUUCUCGGCAACGCACCCCACCACCACCAGACCAGAGUAGGCACAGUAGACAGCAGCGACAGUAUAAAAUACUCUCCUCACCCUCCUCCUAGCGAGCGAGCAAGCGCGGCAACAGGCAACAAAAGCAGAGGAGAAGCCAGAUCCGAAGCCGCCGCCGCCACCGCCUCCGUCGAGCCCGGACAAGAACAGCAAUCCCGCCAAUGGACAUGGAGCUCGACGCCGCUCGCCACGGGUUCGCCAAGAUGGGCUUCGGGUGCAAGCACUACAGGAGGCGGUGCAGGAUCCGGGCGCCCUGCUGCAACGACGUCUUCCACUGCCGCCAUUGCCACAACGACUCCACGAAAGACGGGCACGAGCUCGACCGCCACGCAGUCGAAUCGGUCAUAUGUCUCGUCUGUGACACCGAGCAGCCGGUGGCGCAAGUGUGCAGCAACUGCGGCGUGUGCAUGGGGGAGUACUUCUGCCGGGCGUGCAAAUUCUUCGACGACGAUGUUGACAAGGAGCAAUACCACUGCAAAGACUGCGGCAUCUGCAGAGUUGGAGGCAAGGACAACUUCUUCCACUGCCACAAGUGCGGAUCGUGCUACUCGGUGACCCUCCGGGACAAGCAUGUCUGCAUCGAGGACUCGAUGAAGAACAACUGCCCGAUCUGCUACGAGUACCUGUUCGACUCCCUGAGGGAGGCGUCGGUGCUGAGAUGCGGCCACACCAUGCACUUGCAGUGCUUCCACGACAUGCUCAAGCACGACAAGUUCACUUGCCCCAUGUGCUCCGUGUCCAUCUUUGACAUGGAAAAAUUCUUGAGGGCCUUAGAUGCCGAGAUUGAGGCGAGUUUCUUACACAUGGGAAAGGGAUGGAUCGUGUGCAACGACUGCUGGGACACGACCCGAGUGUAUCCGGGCAUGGCGGGACAGAGAAAGUGUUGCCAUUGCCAGUCCUACAACACCUGCAGGGUUGCUCCAUCGGUAUUGCCGGCCUAGUACCCACUUCGGUGGCCACUACGAUUAUUUAGUACUAGCUGCGAUUGAUGUAUUAUUUCCAGUUCAACAUGAACUGUGGAGACUGCAGAAGCAUUAUUAUAUACGGUACCAAUUUAUAUGUACGUACGGUGCCAAUUUGCGAGAAAGAAAGAUGGAUGAAAAAACGCCCUCUCGUUGCAGUUUCUAGGGGAAUUUGAUUGAUGAUAUAUAAGAAAGAUGUUGGGUUAUUGGUCAAAGUUGGUCAUCUUUUGAGAAAAGAUCCCAUGGAAACUGGUUUGUGAAAAAUGUUUGGUUUCAUAUCACACAUCCGUCCCUAUG